GAGCGAGGGAGGAAGUGUGGUUUUGACACCUGCAGACGUAUCGCUAAACUAACAGCUCUUCUUUUCUUUUUUUUACUUUAAUGGCCGAUAGUGUUGUUUUAUUUCAUCCCAAGGCGACGGGGAUUGAAUGGGCAGAGCAGCUGCUGCAGCAAUAACACACACAUAGAAAUUACACAGACACGUGCAGUUACGCACUCAUGCCAGAGCAAAUAAACAUGAAGACACAUGUAUUGUGCUCCAUGUAUAACAUCACACUUUUUACAGGUCACGCAAAGACAAGCUCACACCCACCUAAUCUUGCACACAUGCGUACAUACACACAUCCAAAGCUGGUGUGCUAUGACUCACAGGGAAGCAGCUGGAGUGAAGGCUCCAGUGGCAGUGGUGAGCUGUCACCAUCUGGAGGAGUACACGUCUCCUCUGCCUCCUCUGCCAACAGCAUAAAUCACCUCCCAACGACUGGGAGUCAGAGGACCAACACGUCUCUCUGGUCAACACAGGUAGAGCGCUCAGUAACUCCGCAGGCCAGACUUAAGUGGUUUCCUUUGGGAAACGAACACACAUGCUGGCACCCUGUGGUCAACCCCUAUAAACACAUGAGAGGGAAGGAACACAGACAAACCAUGAAAAAGAUAUACAUUGGCAAAACCGCCUUAAAAGUCCCCCGAAAUGGCGGCAAACAUCCGAAAAAGAGUUCGUUGCUGGAGCAGAAGGAGGACUUACGGAAGAGGCUGUCCUACACAACACACAAGCUGGAGCUGCUGCAGAGCGAGUUCGACUCCACGCGGCAGUACCUGGAGACAGAGCUGCGCCGAGCACAGGAGGAGCUGGACAAGUUCACCGAUAAGCUGCGCAGAAUACAAAGCAGCUACUCAGCACUGCAGCGCAUCAACCAAGAUCUGGAGGAAAAGAUCCAUAGAAAUUCCCAGCACCAUGACGACGAGAAGCGAGCUUUGAGCAGAGAGAUCAUCGUUCUCAACAACCACCUGAUGGAGACCAAGCUCACCAUCGAGAAGCUGCAAGAGGACAAUGAGCUGUACAGAAAAGACUGUAACCUGGCUGCUCAGCUCCUCCAGUGCAACAAGUCUCUCUACAGGGCCCAGCUCUCUGAGCUGCCUGCGGAUUUUCAGGAGCGACUGACCAUGCACAUGGAGGAUUCUCCGCUCUGUCACACCUAUCCGGACACUGUCCCGGCCUCCCUCAUUGCCAAAGUACUCGAGAAGCCAGACGAGGCCUGUUGCAGCAGCCAGGCCUCCCGUUCUCCAAGCCCCCAAACCCAGGAACAAGCUUUUAUUUUGGAGAGCUUGGGCCCAGGAGGGCGUCUGGGGCUCCGCGCCGCCUACAAAUCUGACCUGUACGCCAGCGACACGGCCCUGUACUGCCCUGAUGACCGGCACCGUGAGCGGAGGCCAAGCAUGGAUCUCCACGGUCAGAGGAAGCUUCUGUAUGGGCCCCAAAACUCCACCGACAGCAAUCCAGAGGAGGGAUCUGUCGGGUUGAGGGCCAGUUUCUCCCAGGAGCACUUCGCAAAGUUCCAAGCCACACUGCGUGCAGGGUCGAGCUCCUACUCCAGCUUCAGUGGAGGGGGAUCUGAGGACAAAGGCAACGGCCCUCCCAGCAGUGUAGCUUCCUCCCCUCGCCACCAUUCCCUCUACAUGGAGUGGAGAGAUGCAGGGGACUAUGAGAGAAAGAGUGACUCAUCCUGGGAGAGAGACAGUCCAAGAGGCUUCGCCAACGCUCAUCCCUUCCAGCAGACGGAGCUGAGCCACCACCAGAACGGCAGCUCGCCCGUCUACAGCCGCACCAUGUCCUCCUGUUUCAGUGAGCCCUAUGAGCCGCUCCCUCCCUCGUCAUCCCCAAGUGUAGCCUACGGAGACAGUCGUCGAGGCAGUACCUUAGCCCCCGAGGAGGAUGAGCUGAUUGGUCGAUGGAGACAACUUAGCGUGGAGGACUUAAGUGCCCACACCCACCGCAGCCCGGGCCGGGCUUCACCUUACAGCUUCUCAGAGCAGCACUUCUCUGUACGGCCCGCUAAGAUUCGACUUGGGCCGCUCUACAGCAGCUUCCAGGAAGGGGCUGACUUUUAUCAUCAAGGAGCGGGCGCCAUGGACCCUGCGUGGGUGGCCGCCAGCGCCAGCCCCGAAUGCAGCCAAGGGUUGCGGCAGGCACACAGCCAAGCCCACCUGUACCGAAGCGAGGACAGCCAGGAGUCAGAGCACAGCCUCUACCACUCAGGGAGCUCCAAAGACAGGGAGGGCAACGUGGCAGCUGGUGGCCAGGGCACGGAUUACGUUGACCCCAGCCCCAACAGCUCCACCGAGUCUCUCCACCAGAGGUCCAUGGAGAUGGCCGCAGAGCUGCAGCACUACCAAGUGGAGAUGCACAGCCUGCCAGCCCAGCCGAGCCAGUCGCCACCACCGGUUCCAGCCCCUCCUCCUCCGUACAACCAAACAUUUGGCUCGCUGGGACUUUCCAGGAAGGACAGUCUGACCAAGGCCCAGCUCUAUGGAACUCUUCUGAACUGAAGGACUUUUCCCAUCAGGUUCCUUCUUUGACAGGGUGUUAGACCCACAGCCCUGGUGUGCACCUUCUGUUAGAGCAGAACCACUUUGGAAGAACAUGGUUUGAAUAAAAACCAAGAGUUAAAUAACUCAGCACCAAGAACCUGUUACUAUUGCUGGUUAUUUAAAAGCUUGUGGUUUGCGACAGAUUACACCACGACUGUCCAGAGCAAGUAUAGUGACAUAGUCAUGUGGGGAGUUGGAAUUGGGCCGACUUGAGAAGUGGAGCUCAAGCCGCACUUACAUUUGUAUUGUUAUGUAUUUAAAUUUACACAUGUAUAAAUAUAUACUUGUAACUACAAAUUGAGUGAUAUAUUUUGUAUGUGGCCGUUAGCAAGAGAUACAUCCAAAAACAAUCCAACAAAUCUUGAUAAACCUGGAACUUGUACAUAAAUUGAAAAAACUGCCAAUUCUAUAUUUGAAAACUCAGAGAGGUAUAUUAAGUGACAAUUGACUUCUAGAUUAGUUUCAGUCAUUAUUUUUUAAUCGACUGAAACGGCGUUGGCCUUGUGAGGAUUUAAAUGUGAGUGUUAAACUUAAGAGAACAAAUGAAUCACCAAAAUGAACAAUACAUUUAGUUUUCCUCUGUUGAUUGAACUUGACAGUAUUGAUGAGUGUUAUAUUGUUAUUGAUGGAACGUAUUGAGAUCUGUCUGAACAGUCGGUAUUACAUAAUUUCUGCUCUUCUAUAUUUCAUGGAAAGGUUUUCUUAUUCCCCCAUUCUACCUCAGAUUUGGAUGCCCACAACCCCCCCAUUAAGCCACUGUAAGUUUGUUUCUUUGACGACAAUGCAUGUUUAUAUAUUUUGGUUGUUUUAUUCACCUAUUAAAGCACAAACUACACAUAUGA